AGCUCCUCCCAGUGGCGCUCGACAGGAAGACGGUGACGUCAGUUGGAGCCCUUCUGCAUGUAGUUAGAGUUACAAUAUUACUAUGUGUGCUAUAAUAGCGCAAUGUUGGACAUCGGCGGGCAGAGAGAGACGAAGGGAGGAAAAGCCUGUUUACACAGACGGCAAACCGCCUGGGGAAUAAUGCAGGAGAGGAAGUGAGCCGGCACUCUGUCUGCCUGCUCCAACUUCCUGCUCUGAAGAAGAAGAAAAAAAAAAUCAGGAUCUCAUUACAGUUCAACAGAGCAGUCGAGACGACAGUAAGCAUGGAAAACCAAGGGAUUUUAAUAGAUUCGUUUUAAAAGUAUUGCGGAGGAAAAUCAAACUUCUCAUAUCUGGGGAUGGAAAGCGCGAUCACACUGUGGCAGUUCCUGCUGCAGCUGCUUCUGGACCAGAAUCACAAGCAUUUGAUCUGUUGGACCUCCAACGAUGGCGAGUUCAAGCUGCUUAAGUCUGAGGAGGUGGCCAAGCUGUGGGGCCUGCGCAAGAACAAGACCAACAUGAACUACGACAAGCUGAGCCGUGCCCUGCGCUACUACUAUGACAAGAACAUCAUCAAGAAGGUGAUUGGCCAGAAGUUUGUGUACAAGUUUGUGUCUUUCCCGGAGAUUUUGAAGAUGGACCCACAGACAGUUGAAAUGGGCCGUGAGGGGGGUGGGGCCAUUCUUCAGGAGGCGGAGCUGCUGGGGGCUGAUGGCGAGGAGGACCCCCCUAAGGUGGCGCUCUCAGGCCUGCGCGGCACUGCCGCUGCCUGCCGGAGCGAAUACCUCCACUCGGGCUUGUACUCGUCCUUCACAAUCAGCUCCCUGCACAACCAGCCGCCACUGCUGCGAGCCGUCAAGGUGGAGCCACGGGCGGAGCGCCCUCAGGAGGCGCGGACCGUCAUCCGCUUUGUGCCCAAUCGCUCCGAGAAGGGAGGGGCUCACUCAGCUGUGUCGCAGCCUCCCUCCCCGCCCCGCCCCUCUUCCUCCUCCUCCUCUUCCUCUCCUGGAGAUGCCUUUUUCCCACCCAGCCUCCCUGGCUCCCCCCAGUUGCCUGCUUCUCGCUCACCCUCCCCCUCCCCCAGCCCUGGCUUCUCGCCCGGGAAGGGGCGGAGCCCCAAGGUGGAGAUGGACGACCUGGAGCAGGGAGCCCAACCCCUCAACCUGUCCGCUGGUCACAGAGAGCGCGGCACCCAGCCCGCCGAGAAGAGGAGCGGCAGCAACGGACUCCCGCCCAAAACCAAGAAGCCCAAGGGCCUGGAGAUCUCAGCCCCCUCCCUGUUACUGUCAGGAAGUGACAUCGGAUCCAUUGCCCUCAACAGCCCAGCACUUCCAUCAGGGUCCCUGACCCCUGCCUUCUUCACUGCACAGACUCCCUCAGGGCUGCUGCUGACCCCCAGCCCUCUGCUGUCUAGCAUUCACUUCUGGAGCAGCCUGAGCCCCGUGGCCCCCCUGAGUCCUGCCCGGCUGCAGGGCCACAGCUCCCUGUUCCAGUUCCCCACCCUGCUCAACGGGCACAUACCAGUGCCCCUGCCCAGCCUGGAUGGAGCCUCCUCACCCCUGCUGCUUUCCUCUAGUGCCCAGAAGUCCUGAUUCUGCCGCUGUUACUGUCGUCGUCAUCAUCAUCAUCAUCAUCAUGGCCGUCCAGGUGGACAGAGUCAGCGAUAGCGUUCUAGGUGUUUUUUUUUUUGGUUUUGCACAUUCACAGUGAAACCAUGUACAGAAAAUCCUUUUCUUCUUUACAAUUUAUUAUUUUUUUUAUAAACUUGUGUGUUUUGCUUUUAGCCAAUAAAAUACCUUCAAAUGUACACCCCACCCUCCACACACACACAUGCACACACACACACACACACACACCCUACCCAUUAGCGGUUUCGGGUUUCCAAGCUCACGGGCCCAACUGGUACUCACACGUGUGCCCCUGGUCACGCUGCUGUGUAUCCUGCCUCCGGGUCAAACCAGCCAAUCCCUGGCCUGGCCUAUCCCGCGUGAGGCCUUCAAGCCCAAGAGCCAAAGACUACCAAGCUCAACGCUGUCGAGUGUGACUGGACCAAAACUGCCUGGAGUGUGCCCUGAUUGGGUGACAUUGGGUUCCAGAUGCAGAUACACUUUCUAAACAGGAUGCCAAUGUUUCCAAAGACACAUAGUCAGUAUUUUAAUGUGUUUGGUGCAUCACAUGUGUGCAAGAAAGAAAGGGGUGAAAUUGUUGCUUUUUUCCAUGUCCGAUUUAAAGAAAAAUCUUUCUAAUUUCCAUUGGAGGCUGUGAAUCUGGUUUCUGUCGUCGACGUAUUGUAUUGUAUUGUAAUAAACUGUAUUGUAUCGUCUGCACUGUGCUUUAACGUUAGUACCGGCUGUGCCUUCCCAUUGUAAGGAUUAUGUAAAUGUAUUAUUUCUAGCUUUAUGGGAAAACAAAAAAAAAACUUUCAAAGACGAAAUUCCAGUACAUUAAAAAGGCUUUGUAAUAGCUUUUAAUUAUUUUUUCAUAAAGGAAUUGAUACAAAUGUAUUCUCAUAUUAAUUUUAUAUUUUGUGCUUUUUAAGAGUCUAGGGACUAUGCCUUUAAAUAAACACAAAGCAUUGAAUGCUA